AUGAUCAACGACGAAGUACCAACAAUGGCGCAGUUAACGAUGGUAAGAUUUCAAUAAUUAACACUUCAAAUUUUCACUUGCACGCUCUUGCUUAAGAAUUCAGAGCUGUUUAAGAUUUCAAAAGAAAUAAUAUUUGUAACUUUAAUUGAUCAUCGAUUAAUUAAUAUUUUAGGAAUAAACAGAUCAAAUAUCUAGUGCCUAAUUAUUAAUAAAUUAAAAAUCAAAGUUGAAAUUACAACGUACUUACUCCUCGGAGUAAUAUGUACGAAGAAAUAUGUCUCAAACUUCCGAGUAACAAUGUAUGCUAAAUGUAUGACGCUUGAUUUCAGUGUUUAUUGGCUAUUUUCUUAGUCAGUUAUACUGUAGCUGACAUUAUAGUACAACCUGGCUACGAACAAUCGAAAAAAUAUUCAACACAACAACGUCAGUCUCCUGAAAUUUCUCAACACUCGGACUAUCACUUGGAGAAUCCUGAGUCAAAUCCUGAUCAAUCACAACAAAAAGAACAACAGGAAUACACGGAUCCAGAUUAUCAUUUGGAACUUUAUCCAGUGUACUCGGAUUCGUACCAUAUUCCCGCUGAAGCAUUGUCACCGAUUUAUCCACCUGUUGUGUUACCACCAAUGUCAAAGUCUGCCUACAGACGAUUACUAUCUAAUUAUGGAGCUGCAGGAGUACCUGUGAUUCCACAUAAUUACCAAUAUCCUCUGCCAGUACACAAUCGAUACAGAAGGUCUGAUCCAAGCGACGAACUCGAUGCAACGCGCAAGGAUAACCAUGAUGAAGAUGAUGUGGCCACGAAGUCGUCCUUAGAUGACUCGCUGUCGGUCGUUGAUUUGCAAAAUCAAGAUAAGAAGCGCGUGAAUACUCGUCAGAGUGUAACUCUGCUGGGUUUGAAUCCAUCGAACAUGUAUCCUGUGCAACAACAAUAUCGUUCCGCGGAAUUGAACCCAACUUACGAUUCCAAUCAAAAGCCUGCUGGAAGCCAGCAAAUGAACGCACGAGGAACGCAGCAGCAACAAGCAGCUGCUUUCGUGCAGGCCACGGCUGCUCCUCGAACGAACAACGAAAAUCUUCAUCACGCGUUGCUGUUGCAACAACCUGGCCAUCAACAAUUCAGAGUUUCCGAUCUGAGAAACUACCCGGACGUUAGCCCUUCUCUUCAAUCGUCGCGAAUCGAAACAAUGAAAGGCCACAGCGAACCACGAACUUUCACGCCACUGAAACGCGAAGGAGCGGGCGCGCACGACGAAAUAGUGGGCUUGAAGUUGGGAAAUAUCUACAAAAUAAAGGUACAUCAACACAUGCAUCGACACGGGAAAUUACACGAUGGACCAAGGCCGUUAGAAAACCCAAUUACUACUGAUGCUGAGACACCGGCGCAGCAGGUAGUGCAAAUUUAUGACAAGCCUGCAGAUAAUCCGGCGGCAAAUUAUUUACAAAACGUUGAGUACAACGUGGUGCCUCAAACUUAUCCUGUUUCCAACUCUCUUGAAAGUAACGUGAAUAAUUAUGUCUUGCCGUACCCGUACUCGUCCUUCUCCUCGCCGAUCAGAAUUUGUUUCGAGAGCAACGAUGCACAGCCUAUCGUGUAUCAGCUAGUUUAA